AUGGCCGGCUCGUGGGCCUCCGGCACCGCAUUCGAAGCAUCGCAUGGUGUGGGUAUCAUCUCGCCGCAGCAAACAAGCCCGACGCGUGCCACACCGACCGACGACAGCGGCGCACGCAAGAGAAAGCGCAGUUCGAUUGUGACGGCCGGGGAGAAUGUCGACGGCAGUGAGGUGGGCGGGGCAGCUGGAGGCGAUUCGGGCAGUCCGACGCUGUCGCAGAGCAAUGGCAACAAGCAGCGACACCAGCCGGGCGUGAAGAGGGCCUGCAACGACUGUCGACAGCAGAAGCUACGAUGCAAUGUCGUCGCAGGACCCGGCGGAACAUACAAGCCAUGCGACCGAUGCGUCAAACACAACCUGAAGUGCAGCAUUGACAAUGACUUUAAGAGGUUGGGCAAGCGUGCUCAGCACGAGGAGAUGGCGAAAGAGCUCGACGCAGCAAAGGCCAAGCUAGCACGCUACGAGGCAAUGGGCAUACACUUGCCGGAAGAGACACCACGACCAGAUUCCAACUACACGGGCAGCUAUCAAGCAUCGCCAGUCGCUGGUGCACCCGUCGCGCCCAUGGGAGCUGGAGGAAGCACGUUCUUGGGCGCCAGCGAGGCUGCAGCGUCGAGAAGCUUGUUGGACUUGAGCCAAGGAUACCGCGAAGUUGCGCCUACGAGCUACCCAUCGAUCACUCCUGGCACAUCGAUCAUGACCCUCGGCGCGGUGACUCUGAGCGAAACACAACUCAACGAGCUGUACCGGAUCUACUUUGCUCACUACCAUCCAUUCUUGCCGGUACUCAACCCGUCCUUGACCUACAAGCACUACUACGAUGAGCAUGUACUACUCCACUGGACCAUCGUCGCAAUGGCAGCACGCCGCUUCGAAAGCAAGCUGGGUCUCUUCAUGGAGCUCCAACGUCCGCUUGAGGAACUGCUGUGGACGACCCUCUCACAAGUGCCGCAGUCGCAUCAUGUCGUCAAAGCACUCGCACUCCUCUGCACAUGGCCAUUGCCAACAUCCUCGACCAGUCAGGAACCGACGAUGAUGUUGUGUGGUACAAUGUUCCAGCUUGCGAUGCAGUACGGUCUCCAUCGUCCCUCACAUGCUCAGGACUUCAGCAGAUUCCGUGUCGACCUUCGAGAGGAGGACAUCGCCGAUCGUCUCAACACUUGGGCUGCAGUCAAUGUGGUCGCUCAGAACGUCGCAACAGGAAACGGCCAGCCUCCACUUUCUAGGUGGGCGUGGUUCACCUACGGCCUCCACCUGGACCGCAUGAAGCCCGAGCUCCAAACACGAUGCCAGGUUGAGAAGUUCUGCGACACCGUCACGAGGACACUCUACACCAUGCAGCGAGAUCACAUCGUCGAAGUCGACCAAGCUCAGCGUGGACUGCAGAUUGACAUGUACUCGCGAGAGCUAGGCGAGCUGGAGGUCACUGUUCUGUCUACAAGUAAUUCUCCUCUCGAAGUACUCUUCCUCAAGGCAGCAGCACUGCACCUACGACUGACCGCGUUCUUCGACAAGCCGAACCAAGCGAACUACCAUGCCGACCUCAGAAGUGUCUACAUUGCAGCCUCAGCCAUGCUAUCUCAUCUGAACAACAUGCCGUCCGAUCACUUCUCAUACGUUCCACGAUACAUCGAGCAGAUGAUGCUGGCAGCUGCAGUCACACUGUUGAAGAUCUUGAACUCUUUCUACGCAAACCAUGUCGACACCGUACAAGGUUGCACACUGUUCGCGCGCACCGUCACCAAUCUGCGCAAGCUCAGCGUUCGCUCGAACGAUUUGCCGCAACGACUUGCAGAAGUCAUGGCGCAGCUUUGGCAGACUAGCGGCGCAAGCGAGCAGAAGAUGGUCUUCAAAGUGGACAACGAGCCUUCUGUUCUUGAUACUGAGAACCUGCAGCUCAAGGUCCGCUGUCGAUCGUCCUUGUCCGUCCUCUACGACGCCAUCUGGCGCUGGCGCGAGCGUGCUGGACAAGCUGGCCGAGACAGCCUGGCGCAAGCUGUAGACAACCCCACAACACUCCCUGGCGACACACAUACUCGCAAUACACCUCAGCCACCGAACGGCAUGAUAGAUGGCAUGCCGGCGAUCUCCAACGGACUCGAUCUACACAACGGUGGUCUCAACUUGGCGGACUGGGACUCGCCUUUUGGUGGUAAUGCCGUCUUCGAUCCUCUGAGCUGGGCACUCGAUGGUAAUCUUGGUCUCGGUCAAGGACUGUUCGGUGGCCAGGACACGCUCGGUCUCGGUGCGUAUCAGGGAUAG